ACGUUUAUUUAAUUGUAACCUAUUCACUGGCAUUGGUCAAAUAAAAUAUGUGUCCAGUGAUGUGUCAAAUCAAACAAUGACUGUCAAAUCACCAACCUACUUCCUGACAAAAUAAUUUACAGCCUGUCUCUGCUUGGCUGUGAGCAACAGGUAUUGGUGCUGCGCUGAUGAUCUUGAGGACACUAAGCCAAUUUCACAUGAAGAUUAUUUUUGAGAAUAUUUUUAAUGAGAUGAAGAUAACUCGUCAAAAUGCUAGCUAUGUCCGCAUCGUAUAGUUUUCAGUUUCUACAAUAUUUAGUUCUGUGUACGUUAAAAUCCAGGAGAACAAUCCAGUAUAUCGACACUGGCUUUGAGCUGCAUAUGAAAACUGAGUGAAUAACUUCCUUUUUCAUUUGAAGAGAAGGAUUUUUCUUCUUUACAUUUCAAGAAUACAUAGGUUGCGUCCAAAUGUGGCUAUUAUUGGCAAUAAGCCUGAGGAGACUUUAGUCAUAAUGAGCAAAUCAAGUUGAAGGGCUCUCUUUGCUGUACUGGAUGCAAGCAAAGACAGAUUUAUGGUCAUGCGUUCAAUCAAAGCGGUACGUAAUGAAUUUAUCUAAAUGUGAACAUUGUGCCAGCUACAAUGCAAUUUCUUCCAGGUGAAGAACUUGUUACUGUGCAAUUCUCUGCAAAUCUUUCACAUUCUGUGGAACUUCAUUUUCAACACAAAAUCAUCCAGGCAUGGGUAAAUGCUUUGGGACAGACCAAAACAAAUAUUUUGAUGGUUCCUCUGAUGAUUUGUCUAUUGGCUUCACUUCUGGCCACUCCUGUAGUCCUGAUGGCCAUAUUUUCAAACAACAGCCUUCGCCAGGAGACCAGGUACCUUCUGCUUGCCAACACUCUGGUCAAUGAUUUGAUUUAUUCAGUACUGAACACGUUCAUUGACAUCCUUAAUGCUGCAGGCGUGGGAAUGCCUCGAGUUGUUUGUGAAACGCUAUUGUAUGUGCUAACAGUGGCUUAUUGUAAUGGAAUCCUGACAGUCACUGCUAUGGUGGUGGACACAUAUGUGGCUGUUGGUUGGCCGCUUCAUUAUCCCUCACUUUUAUCACAAUCCAGGACCCUGAAAGUAAUUCUUUGUAUUUGGAUUGUCUCUGCCGUAGCUCCAUCCGUCAUCUAUUUCUUGACACUGGCAACUCAACAGAAUCCGUUAUCGACAUUAUCGAUUUGUAUUUUACCCAUAAUAUUCCUGUUCUCUGUCCUUCGAUUACCUUUGUUAAAAAUUUACUACAGUUUUACAGUAAUUUACUUUCUAAUAUGUUUAGUACUGAUCUCCACUAGCUACAUCAUGUUGUACUAUAAAACUAAGACAUCAGGAAUAUGGUCUGGCAACUCCAGGGCACGGCAGACCUUUGUUAUUCAUUCAAUGCUCCUAUUCUUUUAUUUAUUUCCCUUGCUUGUGUUGGUGGCAGGGGGCGCACUCCAAGAACUGGACCUGAUUUCCUAUGCGACAGGACUCUGGAUCAAUAUGUCAAUGGCAAAUAUGCUUAUGAUGUUACCCAAAGCGGUUUCCCCAUAUGUUUAUGCACUGAGGUACAGAGAAGUCACAAAGACAAUACAAUCAUUAUCUUUGCUAAGGCACAUUAGGCGUGUAAAUCCCACUGAAUAGCUGGUUAGAAUUGGCAAAUCCACUGAUAUUUAAUUCACUCAAGCAAAGCUUUCAAAUAUUACACUAACUACCAAAUAAAAUUGUCAAAGGACUGUAUUUGGGAUUCUGAAGUCAUUAUCAUUGGCUUGACAAAGGUGAUAAGCCUCUGAGUGGGUCAUGAACAGAUCAGGAUUCUCUAUAAUUUGUUUGUUAGCUCCUUUGCCACCCAAUAAUGUCUUUACUUUCCUGUCCUGCACGUUAGUUUAUGCAGUAUUGAAUUAUGAACCAAUUACCAGCAAAGCUAUCUGUUCUAUCUGUUUUACUUGCACCCUGGUCAUUGUUAAAUCUGAAAAUCCAAGUGGUAUUGUAGUGGAUAAUUGACAGAAAAAGGGGUGAAUCUAUCCAGCAUGUGGAUUGCUCAGAAAUAUUUGCAGAAAGAUUUCUUUAUUUUGUCUAUUCUUAUGUAAUAAAUUGAUUGGCAAGAAUAAAGUACAAUUGCCAGAACUUUUAAAGAUGGAGAUUAUAAGAUAAUUUGUGGCUUAACAAGUCUUGAAGAUUGUCAUUUAAUUGCAAGUACUCUUCGAUGGAAACCAGCUCAGAUACCACCACUGUGAAGAUGGAUUCAUUUGAGACCGAGUGCAAGUAAAACAGAUGCCUUUACUGGAAAGAGGUUCAUAACUCAGCAUUGCUGAAAAUUGUGGGUAUAUCAGGAAAAUAAUUAAUGUAAGCACAAGGUCUCUUAAACAUUAAUGUUGUUAAUCUCUCUUACUCAAAUGGAUACACUUAUCCAUAUCUUCUCUCACAUAUGCAUGUCUCUCUUGCAUAUAUAUCACAGCUCUGUCGCAUAUAUCUGCUCUCACUCACCCAUACACAUCUUGCUCUAACACUUGCACAUCUUUUUCUCACAUACAUCACCGUACUCCCACACAUGCUUAUCCUUCUCACACAAAUAUAUCUCUCUCACACUAACAUCUCUCUCCUAUUUACACUUGCUCCUCUCUCCCAUCCACACUUGCACCUCUCGCUCACCUUGCUGUCAUCUCUCUCUCGCUCUCCCUCUUCUUUCUCUCUCUCACACAAUCAUAGUAAAAUAGUAGGGACUCUGCAUAACUAUAACAAAACCUCCCUUAUUUUUAAACUACACACCCUUCAUGAUAAAACGCAGUAUAUUGUUUGCCUUUUUAAUUAUUUGUUGGACCUGCCUGCUAUCUUUUUAUGUUUCAUCCACUAAAACACUUAGACCUCUAUGUACAUUUACAGUGCCUAUCCAUUUAGAUACUAAUCUACCUUUUGUUUCCUUUUACCGAAGUGGAAAUUGAAUCCCUUCACUCAACCCUACAUAUCUCUCAUAUUUACACCCAGCUUGCUUUCACUAACAGUUACACACCUCUUACCUAUACAUUUCUCUCACUCACACAAAUACAUCUCUCACACAUAAACACCCCUUUCUCAUUUACACAUAGACAUUACUCUAUCACACACAUGCUCCACACAACACACACACUUAAGCAAUUGAUGCAUUAGAUUUCAUUUUAAAGCUUUGAGCCUAUGUAAGGAACUGCUAUUAAAUUGGUUUGGCCAAAUUAUGUUCAUAUUCUUCAGUAAUUACAGUAUGUUAAUAGUCUUCAAAUGUUGAUGCUGAUUUAUGGCAAUGAUCCAAAUUGCCUGUGUAAUAUUUGCUACUUAUUUUGCUGUCAGAAUGUCUGGCAAUGAUUUGCAACUGUAUGGCUAAAUAAUUCUCAUUACAUUCAAUUAUGUCUAUUACCUUUGUUGCAACCAAAUAUACAUGACUUAUUUGUGACCAAUAAAUCAUUUUCAUGCACAACGGGUAGAUGGUCUCUUCAUUAAUGAUUUUGCAAGAAAUACUUAUUUAGCUCUUCAGCAAUUUGAUGACGGUAAAGAAGUAAUACUGUAUUAAAUCCAUUGUAAUUUAAGUUGUUAAAUGCACCAAUUAUUAAUUAAACAUAAUAAACAUGAAUAACCUUGCAUAAAGGAUCCUUGAUAUUUGAGAGUGGUAAUGUGAUGCAGUUUAUUACUAAAAAAAUAAUUUAUCAACAAUUUUUUUUGUAAGGUUGUUAUCCACCAUCUCUGAAUAUCAUGUUUAAGCAACUGAAAUAUUUGAGUAUAAUAGUCUAAUAAAGUUUUAUUUCAAGUAAUGAGGAUACUGAGAGGAGGAAGGGCAUCAAUGGAUGUUACGAGAAAGAAAGAGCUAAUAUGAUAAUCACGGUAAAUGAUAAUCACGGAAAGGUUACAGUAUGGAAAGAGGCCAUUCAAGUCCAUGUCGGUUGUGUGCAAGAGUAGGCCAGCGAGGCCCAAUCCCUCACAUUCUCCCCAGUGCUUUGCAAAUGCUUUCCUUUCAAGAAUGGAAACUGUUUCUUUUGAUUGCCAAAUUUAAUUUAAUUUCAGCUGCCUCACCCUGUGAAGUCAAUUAGCUUGAGAGAAAAAAACAAAAUAAAGAAAUGCUUGAAGGGAGCCGCGCGGAGGUCGAGUGAGUGACGUGAAGUUCAAGCGAAGUCCACGGGAAGUUCGCGCGUGACGUACGGCGUCAAGACGCUGCGUACAGUGUCGAGACGCUGCGCACGCCCAUCGAGGUGGUGCAUACGGCGUCGAGGCGGCUGCGGGCCGGCAGGCCGUUGCCGCGCGGAAUUUUUGAACACGGUCAGUUUUUCGGAGCCCCGCGCGGUCAGGACCAGCUCCGCACAACUCCAUACGGCUCCAGCGAUCGAAGUGGGACCGGCCCCGCGAGGCCGUACGGCUCAAGCGACCACGUUAGGUUGCGCUUGCCGCAUGGAGUCACAUGCUCGUGGGACAGGCCCUUAAGUUAUUUGCGGUAGAUGGUUUUCUACCUAUCCACUGAGUUCAACUUGAACCUGUCAAGGUGAAUGAAAACUAGUCGAGGCUCUCAGAUCACCACAACCCAGAACUCUUCGACAAAGUUUAUUAUAAUCUAUUGAAAGCAAUCAAACAUGCAUACAAAAUAAUA